AUGGCCGACUCAGCAGCACCCAUCACUGUUCGCACGCGCAAAUUCAUCACCAACCGUCUGCUUGCCCGCCGCCAAUUCGUUGUAGAUGUCCUCCACCCUUCCCGGCCAAAUGUCUCCAAGAGUGAGCUCUCGGAGACCCUCGCUACCAUGUACAAGGCGGACAAGAACCGCGUUGUCACAUUCGGCUUCAGGACACACUUUGGUGGUGGCCGGAGCACUGGUUUCGGUCUGAUCUACGACGACGAGGCGACGCAGAGGAAGUUCGAGCCCAAGUACCGGUUAAUUCGGAGUGGUCUCAUGGUAGCACCACCGAAGACGAACAGGAAGCUGCGGAAGGAGCGGAAGAACCGCACGAAGAAGGUCCGCGGCACCAACAAGGCGAAGGCCGCCGAGCCUCCCAAGAAGGGAGGCAAGUAG